GAAAAAUAUUUCUAUUUUCAGUGUUCUACGCAAGAGUUCUUCCUGAUUGUCAAAACCCUGUAUCACCUGAAGUCAGAAUAUCAAGCACUAAUACCUGCUGUUAAUUCCCAUGUUCAGUCAGAGUUGCUCCAGACAUUUAUUUCAGAAAUUCCUGAACUCCUCAGUCCAGUGGAGCAUUACUUAAAGAUUCUCAAUGAGCAAGCUGCCAAGAUUGGGGAUAAAACCGAAUUAUUCAAAGACCUUUCUCACUUCCCUUUAAUAAAAAAGAGGAAGGACGAAAUUCAGGAAGUUACUGACAAGAUCCAAACACAUUUGCAAGAAAUACGAAAAAUACUAAAAAAUCCUUCUGCACAAUAUGUGACAGUAUCAGGACAGGAGUUUAUGAUUGAGGUAAAGAAUUCUGCUGUAUCUUGUAUACCAACUGAUUGGGUUAAGGUUGGAAGCACAAAAGCUGUGAGCCGCUUUCACUCUCCUUUUAUUGUAGAAAAUUACAGACAUCUGAAUCAGCUCCGGGAGCAGCUAGUCCUUGACUGCAGUGCUGAAUGGCUUGAUUUUCUAGAGAAUUUCAGUGAACAUUAUCACUCCUUUUGUAAAGCAGUACAUCACCUAGCAACUGUUGACUGCAUUUUCUCCCUGGCCAAGGUCGCUAAGCAAGGAGAUUACUGCAGACCAACUCUACAAGAAGAAAGGAAAAUCAUAAUAAAAAAUGGCCGGCACCCUGUGAUUGACGUGCUGCUGGGAGAACAGGACCAGUAUGUUCCCAAUAGCACAAAUUUGUUGGGGGACUCAGAGAGAGUAAUGAUAAUUACUGGACCAAACAUGGGUGGAAAGAGCUCCUACAUAAAGCAAGUUGCAUUGAUUACUAUCAUGGCUCAGAUUGGCUCCUAUGUUCCGGCAAAGGAAGCAACAAUUGGAAUUGUGGAUGGCAUUUUCACAAGGAUGGGGGCUGCAGAUAACAUAUAUAAAGGACAGAGUACAUUUAUGGAGGAACUGGCUGACACAGCAGAAAUAAUAAGAAAAGCAACAUCACAGUCUUUGGUUAUCUUGGAUGAAUUGGGAAGAGGAACAAGCACCCAUGAUGGAAUCGCCAUUGCUUAUGCUACACUUGAGCAUUUUAUUAGAGAUGUGAAAUCCUUAACCCUCUUUGUUACCCAUUAUCCACCAGUCUGUGAAUUAGAAAAAAGUUACUCACAACAGGUGGGGAAUUAUCACAUGGGAUUCUUGGUCAACGAGGAUGAAAGCAAACAGGACCCAGGUGAAGAAGACCAGGUUCCUGAUUUUGUCACUUUUCUUUAUCAAAUAACCAGAGGAGUUGCAGCAAGGAGUUAUGGACUCAAUGUGGCUAAACUAGCAGAUGUUCCUGGAGAAAUUUUAAAGAAAGCAGCUAGCAAAUCAAAAGAGCUGGAAGGAUUAGUAAAUAUGAAAAGGAAAAGACUAAAGUGUUUUGCGAAGUUAUGGACGAUAAAUGAAGCAAAUGAUUUGCAAAAGUGGACGGAUGAGUUCAAACUGGAAGAAAUUACAGACUUCUCUUCCUGAUGAAAAUGAAGACUACGUUUUGGAACCAAAAAAUAGAGAAUUAAAAAUACCAACUGUAUAAAACAACUCUCUAGUAAUAGCCCAUCUUUGUGUGACCUGAGCAUAAAACCUGACCGUGGUAUAUUCCUGUUAGAAACAGGGAGAGGCCUUUUGUGUAGAAAGUCUGUUUCAGGUUCCUGCCAUCCUUUUAAAAGUAUAAACACUUUUGAAUAUUAAGAUUUCUAUCAUGUCAUUAGAAAAUCUCAUGGACGGUAAGAUUCAAAUAAAAUCAAAAACUUCUAAGUAAAACCUGGAGUGGUAGAAUAUAUAGUUCAUGAACUUUUAGAGUGAUAUAAAAAUUUAAUGCAUAAUUUUAUUUGUUUCAGUUCAGAUAAUUUGCAACUGGUUGAAAAGUCUUGCAGGAAUAUACAUUUUCAUUCGAACUAAAAUAAUUUUAUAAUGCCGCCAGUUUAUUCACUGUAAGCAUAAGAAUUUUUGAAGAGAAGUAGAAGGAAUUAUCGGGCUUUUAGAAACUAGAGCACAGAAAGAGUAAGGUCAUAUGAAAUUUGAAAAGCUAAAUAUUGUCAUAGUUUUAAGCAAUUUGAAGAUUGUUAGAUUAAAUUAUUUGUCAUUCAUUCAAGUAAUAAACAUUUGAUGAAUACGUG